CUCUCUCUCUCUCUCUCUCUCUCUCUCGUUGAUUUCAGUGUGUUUGGUAGACUCGUCGAGUGCGCGUGUGUGAGAGUGAAGGUUUCGAGUGAAAUCCGUUAGAAAUAGUUGAGCUGAACAUCCGUAAACUCCAGAAACGAAGAGGACAUUUAACCGAAAACUCCAGAAACCAAGAGGACAUUGUGACCGUAAACUCCAGAAACCAAGAGGACAUUUAACCGAAAACUCCAGAAACCAAGAGGACAUUGUGACUGUAAACUCCAGAAACCAAGAGGACAUUGUGACCGUAAACUCCAGAAACCAAGAAGACAUUUAACCAAAAACUCCAGAAACGAAGAGGACAUUUAACCAAAAACUCCAGAAACCAAGAGGACAUUGUGACCGUAAACUCCAGAAACCAAGAGGAUAUUUAACCGUAAACUCCAGAAACCAUCAGGACAUUGUGACCAAAAACUCCAGAAACCAAGAGGACAUUAGACCAUAAACUCCAGAAACCAACAGGACAUUAGGCCAUAAACUCUAGAAACCAUCAGGCCAUUGUGACUGAAAACUCCAGAAACCAUUAGGACAUUUGAUCGUAAACUCCGGAAACCAAGAGGAUAUUUAACCGUAAACUCCAGAAACCAAGAAGGAUACUUAACUGUAAACUCCAGAAACAACAGGACAUUGUGACCGUAAACCCAGAAUUCAACCGAAAACUAACCACAAAUACCAGAAAUCACACAAAGAACUUGACAGCAAAAGUUAGAAACUUAACUGAACCACUUGACAACCAGUGGCAAAAAGAAACUAAACUUUUUGACAGGGAGUACCAGAGACCAGCUUGGGCAGUUAAGGCAACAAACACCAGAGACCAAGGUGACAUUCUUGACCAGGAACGCCAGAGACCAGCUGAAAUUUUAGACCAUGAAUGACAGAGACCAACCCAACAUUAAGACCACGAAUGACAGAGACCAACCCAACAUUUCGCCCAUGAAUGCCCCAGACCAAACAGACAUGAACCAUCAAGAAAAUGCCCCUGAGAAGGGAAAUCCUCAGCGCGAGAGAAAUCUAGGUGCUCAAAUGAUUGGGUGGGUCCAGGGCAUCUCAGUCGAACCUGUCCUGUUUCUUCACAACAUCGCGUCUCAGAUCGUCUGGAUUGCUUCCCAAGAUCUCAUGAUAGACAAGGCUUGUAAGGUAAACCUCAACUAUGACGAGAGCGUCUGCAGUGACCUGAACAAGUACAGAGACCGCCAGGAAACCGUCCAGGACCUCGUCUCGGAGUUCAUGAUGUGGAGGUCUAUCUUCGAGACCAGUAUCAAGGUCAUCUUCACCUUGUUCCUGGGAGCCUGGGGUGACCGCUGGGGACGGAAGCGCCCCUUGAUCAUGUGCCUGACGGGGCUGAUGCUGGAGGCGAUGGUCCAUCUCAUCAACAGCCGAAUUUCGUCCGGUGGCCUCGAGACUAUGAUGAUCUCAUCGGUGCCGUACUCACUUGGGGGCGGAGUCAUGGCUCUGCUCAUGUUGUGCUUCGCACACCUGGCAGACUCAUCCAAAUCACGUCAAAGGACUUUGAGAAUGGGAUUCCUAGACUCUGCCUACUACCUCGGAAGCCCCGUGGGCAACGCCAUCGUGGGGCCACUCCUGGAUUCUGGUGGCUACGUGGGAGCCUUUGGACUCAGCAUAGCUAUAUACUUACUGACGAUUAUCUACGUGGUGGUCAAGAUCCCUCCCAUCAAGGCGAGAGAGUCUGAGGUGGAAUCUAGAUCAGUCUGUGACGUCACCCAGAUAACGGACGCCGUAGCAGUCACGGUCAAGGCUAGACCUAACAGAGCAACAUUGCACAUCCUGCUUCUCAUAAUGGCCAUGCUCUUCGAUUCGCUACCGGUUUCUGGUGAAGGGGGCUUCCGGUACCUGUACACUAAACUGGCCCUUGGCUGGUCACACACAGAGUACAGCCACUGGAGUACUUUUGCAUCCGUUUUAUCUAUCAUAGCAAUGAUUGUGAUCAUUCCUGUGCUGAGCGUGGUCGUAGGAAUGCCCGACGGAUGGAUGGGAUUUGUGGGCGGAGUUUCGAGAACGACCAGUAAUUUCAUGUACGGCCUCGUCAACAAGCCGAAGGACGAAUGGCUCAUUUGGACAGGAGCAGUGGUUGCAAGCUUGAAGAAUAUGGCUCCAGUUUCCAUACGAUCUUUGCUUUCUAAGCUUGCUGGACCACAGGAUGUUGGUAAAGUGUACGCAGUCAUGGCGACGCUGGAAAGUCUAAUCGAAUUUGCUUCUGCUCCAAUGUACAAGGCGGUGUACACAGCUACCAACAGCACCCGACCUGGAACCUUCAAUUUCCUCUCUGCUGGAAUAAAUACGUUCCUGGCAAUAACGCUGCUAGGGGUGACAUUGUCCCUGAGGAAGAUAAACAGACGAACGUCCGCAGCGGAAUCUUCCCCGGUGACCGGAAAUGAGGAAACCCGCUGCUGUCGAUAGAAGUUCACAUUUGCAGACUAUUUCAUCCUCUUCAAUGAUUUCUCCUCUCCGAGUGACAUUCUUACGAUCUCAUCGUUUCCUCAUCCAUCAUUUAACAUUUUCUGUGAAACUUUUUCUUUGUCGUUAUGUUACGGGAAGAAUUGUAAAAUUUGAUUUUGUUGUUAUUCUUUUUAACCAACGUAGGGAUUUUAUCGUGAAUUCUGUUAAAGAUGAUUUCAUUCCUUUGAUUUCGAUAUCACUUUUGAUGCCAGGUGAGGAAGAACCUCGUAGGCAGUAAUAAUGUAACUCCUCAAAGCGUUGGUUGCUUUAUAAGUACUACGUAUUUACAAAGUGAAAACCUUUCGCAAAAAUUAUAUUUAAAAUCGUGCAAGUAAAACCAAUAGGCUACAUUUCCCUGGGCAAGAAGCCUCGUCAGAAGCACAUCUAACCCGUAACGUCUAUUUUUCCCUUGACAUCU